AAUUAUGUUAAUAGACAAUCUGAAUAAGAUUUUUGUCUUAUUAUUAUUGUCUUGCCUAUUUAAGUUAUCAUGAUGGUUAUCCUUUAUCUGAAUCACCCAAAGCCCACAAACCUCUCUAGUUUCUACUACUUAUAACUGCCAUUAAGUCUCCCUCCUACUCAACCCUCAGUGCUUUGGAUUGCUGGCUAAAGAGUAAAAGUAUGAAGAUGGCACAUGGAAUAGUAGCAACAGUAUGCCUUUGGUGCAUUAUCUUAGUAAUGAGACCAUCAUCAGCACUAGAAGAAGUUAGCAGGCAGGAAGAACUUCAUUUGGGUGCUUACGCUACUGAAACAUACGACCUGAGCGGCGGUACAAAAGGCUACUCUCAAUUCUUGACAAAUUUACGCAAAAAAUUGGAAGCAACAAAGGCUUGCAACAUGCCAGUGACGCGAGCAAACUUACCAGCAGGCGCGGAAUAUGUUUUAGUGGAUCUCAAAGUUACCCCAGUACAAUAUGUCACCUUAGCUAUAAGAGUUAAUAAUGUGUAUCUGGUGGCUUAUCGUGUUGGCGGCAAAACUCAAGGCACAUUCCUUAAUGAGCCAGAUGUUACAUUUGCCAGGUCUAAGCUUUUUGAUAAGAAUGAUAAUCAACCAACACUUCGAUAUGACAGCAACUACGCUAAUAUAGAGGCGGUGGGUGGCUCCAGGAAGGACCUUCUCUUGGGGCUUCAGGAAUUACGGAAGAGAAUUGUAGCCUUCUUUGACCCAAAUAAACCAGUGUCAGCCGCGGAGGAGGCUCAAUUCAUUCUUACAAGCAUUCAAAUGGUAUCUGAGGCUGCGCGAUUCAAGUAUAUUGAGAAUCUGGUCGUCAAGAGUGGAUUAAGUACAAGUUUUAAACCAGAUAGUAAAAUGAUAGAUCUUCAGACCAACUGGGGAAAGAUUUCGAAAGCUGUCCAUCAAUCGAACGGGCAAGUGCCUAAUCAAUGUGUUACUAUUAGCCCACCCAUUGUGAUCGCGGGCAAGACGUGGAAUUUGGUAAGCGACAUAAAAAUAGAUGUGAUCCUGCUCAUGUACAACAGCAAUAACGCAAAUAAUCAGUUGUUCUCUAAAAGCGUUGCGAGCUAUAUCAACAAAGCUGCUGAUAUUGCAGGUGGUGUUGGAGACCCUGAACUAGCAAUUUUAGAAGAUUCAUUAAUGUGAUCCAUCAAUCAUCAAAUAAUGCAUAUAGUUGCAUUGUAUAAUAAUGUGUCUAGUCAUUGCUCCAUCUUAGACAUGUACGUAUGCGUGUCUCCAGAAUUAUGAAAUAAGUGCGAAAUAAGAUAAAUACUUGUAUUUCCAGCAAUAGGGCAUCCUAUAGUUGGUAUGUGCCUCUUCUGUUGUUUCAAUAAAGGACACUUGAUUUCCAAUGAAAUAAAAUAAUUUGGGUUUUUCUACGUA